AUGUUGAAGGUGUUACAGACCACAACUCCUCUCCCAACUCCUCCACCCGUUACGAUGAACCCAAAUCAGUUGAAGUUUGUCAUUGGAAUGAUUGUUACCGAGACUCAACAACCGUACAUCGGUUUCUCACUCACCGGUGGAGUCAUUCAAUUGGCUCUUCAACAAAUCGGAUAUCUUCAUCUAUUAGAUACAAUUAAUUUCGAGUUUAUUGUCAACUACACGGAUUGCUCAGAAGGUGAUGCGGCUGGGAUGGCCAUCUAUUUAAUGGAUAAGAUGAAUGUCGAUGUGAUCCUUGGACCUGCUUGUAGUGCCGGAAUCACGCCAGUCGCUUUCAACAGCAACUAUUAUCAAGUUCCACAGAUAGCUUGGGGUUUCUCUUCACAAGCCACCCUAACUGACCCUGUUCGUUUCCCAUUUUUGACCACCAUUACGAUGAAUUAUCGACAACUUGGCUAUUCACUAGUCGCUUUGUGUCAACUCUACGAAUGGGAUGUGAUUGGUCUGAUCACUGGAAACGCCGGAUUCGGUAAUUGUGGAAACAUGAUGAAUGAUGUCACGACAGCUCUCAUCGAUCCCGCGUUCAACACGACAGCCAUCUCGGCGAGUCUACAAUACGAUACGACCGCUGGGCGAUCGGUUCUCGUAGCCCUUUUGAAGAAAAUGCAAUUGAAAGCGAGAAUUUUCGCUGUUUGUUUGCCUACUGAUCAAUCAAAGAGGGACUUCCUCAUCGCCACUACCGAAGCCGGCAUGAAUAGUUCCGACUAUGUUUACAUCAUGCUCAAUACAAUGGGAACAGGCCUUGGUCAAUUGGGAAAAGGAGGAACAAAUGCUGUGAAAUUGUUGACUGGCUUUACACCAAUCUGGUACGAUACUGUGAAUAACAACAGUGAUGGAUUGGAUUUUGUGGCUCAACAGGCGGCAAAUAAUAUGCUCGUGCUCGACACACUAACUAGUGGAAAUGUUAAUGGCUCAGUUACAACUCAACUCGCUCCACAGGUCCGGGCAAAUGUUCGUGGUCCACCAUUUUAUUGUACAACUCUCGAUUGCAUACAGAAUGAGCAAAAUUCGGGCGGAGUUGGAGUCGGAACUUUUGCUCCACAACUCUACGAUGCUUUCAUGUGGUAUGCGUACUGUUUGAACGCCACGAUGGCCUAUGAUCCGAUCAAUGGAGCGAGAAAUAGCACAGCCUACAAUCUAGUGCAGACAAGCGUCUCGUUUGUUGGAUGGACAGGAAAAGUUCAAAUGACAUCGAAUAUCACGAGGGUUCCCACAUUUUUUCUAUAUGGACUUGCAACGAAUACUCGCUCGGCUCAAUUUGUCAAUCUAACAUGGGCUGGAACAUUUGAUUACAUGGUGGCAACGCCAAAUUACGAUGCAACGGCCGCUUCCACCACGAUCUGGGCUAUGAGAGGAGGCGUCGUUCCACUAGCCACCCCAAUUUGCAACUUUGAUGGAAAAAGUUGUCCAUUAAAUGAUUGGCAGAAAAGUGGAAUGUACGUCACAAUUGGUGGAGGUGUGCUCUUGCUGUUCUUGCUCUUCUUCAUCAUCGUCAUUUUCUAUAUUGUUCGAGAAAAGCGAAAAGAGCGAGCCCGUCAAGAUGCGGAAUGGCAAAUCCCGUUCUUGAUGUUGGAACGAGCGGGGAAAAGUCGGAACGAGGAGAAGAGCAUGCACUCCCUUCAAUCAUCUAGAUCAUCGAACUCUUUCAAAUCAAAAGCUUCAAUGGGCAGUAAAGCCGAAACGGCCACAAUGGCCUAUUUUAUUUUGAAAGGUAAACAAGAAGAGCCUGUUUUCGCCUAUAAAUACUCGAUGCUUCCGAGGCUGCACAACGAAGAUUUUGCAGAGUUCAGAUUAUUACGCAAAUUGGAACACGACAAUGUUCAUCGUUUCAUCGGCAUUUGCCAUGAUCACUCGCCAAUGAUGUCAAUUUGGAAAUACGCUAGUCGAGGAACACUAGAGGAUGUGAUUGCAAAGGGAACCAUCAAUUUGGAUACAUUCAUUGCGAUGGCCUUGAUGAAAGAUCUAGCUGAGGGACUCCAUUUCAUUCAUCGAUCCUUUCUGGGUGCUCAUGGAAAUUUAACCUCAGGCACUUGUUGGAUUGAUGAGCGUUGGCAGUUGAAAGUGAGCGGUUUUGGAUGUAUGGCCUUUCGACGAGGAGCGAAACUUGAAAGGAAACGCCAACUCUGGCUAGCACCUGAGCUUCUUCGAAUGCCACUAAGUGAGGGCACAAAAGAGGCCGAUAUCUAUGCAUAUGCCAUCAUUUGCUCUGAAAUUGUCACUCGACGAGAAGUCUAUGAUUUGCUGAAUCGAAAUGAGAAAACAGAAGAGCUAUUAUAUAUGAUUAAGCGAGGUGGUCAGAUGCCGGUACGUCCCACGUUAAACGUGCACCCAGACAUGGAGCUGAAUCCAGCAGUGCUCCACAUGAUCCGUGACUCAUGGGCAGAACAGCCAAUGGAUCGCCCUAACAUCACCACCAUAAAGAGAAUCCUCAAAUCGAUGUCUGGUGAUGGACAACAAAACUUAAUGGAUCAUGUCUUCAGCUUAAUGGAAUCUUAUGCAGAAACUUUAGAAAAAGAAGUACAAGAUCGAAUGGUUGAAUUGGUGGAAGAGAAGAAAAAAGGAGAUUUACUUCUGCAAAGGAUGUUACCAAAACAAGUAGCCGAAAAGCUGAAGCUUGGCCAAUCGGUUGAGCCUGAAUCUUUCGAAAGUGUGACAAUCUUCUUUUCGGAUGUUGUUCAGUUCACGAAUUUGGCCGCUAGAUGCUCACCGUUGCAGAUCGUUGGUUUGUUGAAUGAUCUUUAUACAACAUUCGAUACCAUCAUCGAACAACAUCAAGUCUAUAAAGUUGAAACAAUUGGUGACGGCUAUUUGUGUGUCUCUGGUUUGCCCUAUCGAAAUGGAAUUCAACAUGUCAAAGAGAUCGCUGAGAUGUCAUUGGGCUUUUUGGAGACGGUUAAGCUCUUCCGCAUUCCCCAUCUCCCCUCAGAAACAGUCAAUCUCCGAAUCGGAAUUCAUUCGGGUUCUUGUGUGGCUGGUGUAGUCGGAUUAGCGAUGCCACGUUAUUGCCUCUUUGGUGACACGGUGAAUACGGCUUCAAGAAUGGAGAGCAAUGGAAAACCCGGAAAAAUUCACAUGUCCGUCGAUGCGAUGAUUUUAUUGAAACAAGUGGGUGGAUAUGAUAUGGAAUCGAGAGGAGAAGUCAUCAUCAAGGGAAAAGGUGUGAUGGAGACAUUCUGGUUGAAUGGCCGGGGCAGUGUGCAACGUACCAGUCAACACAUCGAAACGACGAUUAUUCUAUGCCAAGACCAACUCACCAAAAUGGCAAGAAAUGUCGCAGCAAACGCCACGCCCAUCAGAAUUAAUGGGAUUGCACUGAAAUUGAUAUUUGGUGGAAAAAUCGGUCGAAUUCCAGCCACA